AUAAAAGAUAAUAAAAUAAAAUAAAAUAAAAUAAAAUUCCACGUAAGCACGGAAACAGACGACUGACACGGUGGUCCGUGCAGGCGUGAACCGAAUCCUGUCGACGGAGGAAACCACCAACGAUUUCUCCAUCUCACGUCGUCUAAUGUUUCAUCAUCAUCAUCAUCUUUCCUACGACUUCUUUUUUCUUUUUAUUUUCCCAAUUGAAGUGGCGAUGCCUUGCGAUAGCUCUGCUCCACCUCGCCGCUGAUCUCGACCACUUGAUUCGAGUCUCUCUUGCUCUUGAUCUCUCUCAAGUGUGAAACAAAGAGGAUGGAAAGGUUGUUGAAUGAAGGCCCAACGCUGCUGCAGUUGCAUAAGUGGGAACCUUCUCAAUUGCAACUCAAGCUAUCAGAAUUUCGAGAGGCUUUUAUUUCUCCGUCGAGGCAGUUGUUAGUACUACACUCGUACCACUCCGAAGCUUUACUGCUUCCUCUCGUUGCUGGGAGUUCUAUUGGCAGUGAGGUUUCGGUAAGCUGUCAUACUGAAGAGUCGUAUAGUCCUACAUGCUCUGUUGGGCCAGAUCCAGAGAACAUUGCAUCUCCUUCUGGAUCAGGAGUUGGUUCUGGUGAGCCAGGUUUUGUAGAUAAUUGCAGUUCCAGUGGCAAUAGUUUUCCUUUUAUCUCUGAUGUAAAGUCUGUUGCUUGGGGUAGCUGUGGGGAUACUUACAAUCGGCACAAAGAUCCUUUGUUUAGAGAAUUGUUGUUCGUAUCUGGAAAUCAUGGUGUUACGGUUCAUGCUUUUUGCUGUAUAAAAGAUUUAAGUGACAGAGUCGAAGGCAAACCAAAUGGUGAGCUGAUGCAUGGGAAAUGGGUUGAAUGGGGACCUUCUAGUCAAAAUCAGAAAUCAGAACACAAACGAGGCUCUUCUUUUGAUGGCUCCAAGCAGUGGAUGCAAUCUUUGUUAAUUGAUUUGGAAACUACUGAAAUUGAUGGUAUAACACAGUAUAGGUUCCCUGAGAAGUUAUCUUUUCCCGGUUCUGCGGAGGUUGUUUCAUUCAGCAUAUUAAAGGGUGAUUUACCUUUCUCGAACCUUCUUUUUCAAGACAAGCCAAUACUUCAGAAGGAUACUAUGCGGGAGGAAGAUGAUAGCUUUCUCGUAGCUCCAGAUCCGACUGCUAUAGAUGAAAUAUCUCGAGCUGAUAUGUCGAUGAACAAUGCUAGUAUAAACAGUUUGUACAGGUGCACCAAAGUUUUCUCCAGCGAUUCCCAUUCGCUAAUUGGAUUUGUUAUGGAUUUAUCAGACUGUGCAUCUACCCUUUCAAGCAAUGAAAACGAUAGAAGUAAGGAGAAGCGUGUUGUCUUUGUUGCCGAGCUGUUUAGCUGGGGGUUAGAAUGGGUUUCUCUUGUGAAAUUUUGGGAAUCAAGUAUUGGACCUACAAAUAUGUGGGCAGAUUUCUGUUUUUCUGAUAAAUUUGUUAUCUGCCUCAGUGUUACUGGUUUGAUCUUGUUAUAUGAUGUGAAAUCUGGGGAUUGUAUUUCUCAUCAGGAUAUUUUACAGACAUGCGGUCGUGGAUUGCAUUGUUUAUCAGAUAUGCAAGAAGCAACUGUAGAGGCUGAUCAGCAAAGUGAAUUUCAUAGUCGUACUCCACCCAUGCCCAAGUCUCACAUUGUUGGUUCCUCAGACAGAAGAAAGUUUAGAAAGCUUUUGGUAUCCUCUCAUACACCACUCAUAGCCGCAGUUGAGGAAAAUGGUUUGGUAUAUGUUUUAUCUAUGGAUGAUUUUGUUUCCAAGGAACACCACAUGUCCGUUGAACCUAGUACUUAUUUACGUCAUUUUGGGCUUGGAAGUCUGGUUGGUUGGAAAAUCGGUGGCAUGGACGUUGGCCAGCAAAAAGUGCGCCACCCUUAUCCUUCUGGCUCUCGAGUUGAAGAUGCUUUUUCCAGGUGUGAUCCUAGCUUUUCUGCUUUGGACAUCUUGAUGUCUGAACCAUGUUUGGAAAGACAACAUAACAAUUUUGAUCAAAGAGCUGGUUACUCUGGUUCAUGGUUGAGUGGUUUUUCUGCUCAGCCUAAAAAAAAUGUGCUGAGACUAGAAAAUUUCCAAAGAGACUCACAUGUCACACGGAAUAUGUUUGUAUCUGCUGAAAAAUUAGGAUUGGAUGAUAACAUAUGUUUUUCUCCAUUGGGAUUCACUCAUUUUUCUAGAAAGCAAACAAAAGGGGAAGAUCAAAGCUGCAAGAUUUUUCAUUAUAAGUUGCAGACGCAUAUGACUGCGAGAGAUGAUAGUUAUUUGAAUUAUGUUGGCAACAAGAUUUCUAUUCAAGGUGCGGAAGAGAAUCUCAUUGACGAAUCAGUUGGUUGUUCUUUCCAAGGAUUUCUCUAUUUGGUGACUUGUAGUGGUCUUUCAGUUUUUCUCCCGUCCCUCUCAAUAACCUCGAAUUACCCAACUGUUGAGGCCAUUAAAUAUCUGCAGCCACUUCAGACCAGUAUCAUGGCAUACCAGAGAAGGGACGAUUUGAGAAUAGGGGAAUCACGUUUUCCUUGGCAAGUUGAGGUCAUAGAUAGAGUUAUCUUGUUUGAAGGCCCUGAAGCUGCAGAUCAUCUAUGCUCAGAAAAUGGUUGGGACCUAAAAAUUGUUCGUUUGCGUCGGCUGCAAAUGGCGUUGGACUACUUAAAAUAUGAUGACAUCAACGAGUCUUUGAAGAUGCUUGGUAAUGUGACGCUGGCAGAAGAAGGCAUGCUAAGGGUGCUCUUUUCUGCGGUGUAUCUUUUGUCGCGCAAGAAUAUAAACGAUUAUGAGAUUUCUGCUGUAUCUAGGCUCCUUGCAUUGGCUACAGGGUUUGCGACUGAAAUGAUUCGCAUAUAUGGUUUACUUGAAUAUCAGAAAGAUGGAUACUUGGUCAACAGAAGUCCUAGGACACAAAGACUUUCAUGUCCACCAAUUUCACUGCAUGUCAACGUUAUGGAGAAUUCAAGGAGAUUGGCAGAGAUGGGUUAUCUUUUGGAGAUCACCCGGAACUUUCAAUCCCGUAUUACCAGAAAAUUUAAGCUAGGAAAGGAUGAUUCUCAGCUUGAAAGUGUCCCAGAUGCAUCAUCUGAGGAGGCAAGACAAAUUGACACAUAUUUAUUCGAGACCAAUGAGGAGCUUGCUUUGACCCCUAUGGGUAUUAUGACAGCCAAAUCUGGUCAAUUCAUUGACGAAACAAGUUAUGCAUCUGGCCUUGUACUCCAAGGGUUUGCAGAGAAGAAAGUUCUUCCGCUGGAAAAUCCCAAGGAGAUGAUGGCUCGGUGGAAGGCUAAUAAUUUGGAUUUGAAAACCGUGGUAAAGGAUGCCUUGCUCUCUGGUCGACUCCCUUUAGCUGUUCUUCAAUUGCAUCUUCAACAUUCUAAAGACGUGGUUGAAAAUGGAGAGCAUUAUGAUACAUUUACUGAAAUUCGUGAUAUCGGAAGAGCUAUUGCUUAUGACCUAUUUUUGAAGGGUGAAUCUGGGGUCGCCAUUGCAACUCUGCAAAGGCUUGGGGAGGACGUAGAAGCGUCUCUCAAUCAGUUGGUAUUUGGCACAGUGAGGAGAUCUCUUCGAUAUCAAAUUGCUGAAGAAAUGAGGAAACAUGGUUUCUUAAGACCAUAUGAAGACAACGUACUGGAGAGGAUAUCACUUAUCGAGAGGCUUUAUCCUAGCAGCCACUUUUGGGAAACAUAUCUUGCUCGUCGAAAGAAACUCCUGACAGCUGAAGUACCGUUUGACUGCUGUCAAAUGAGCUUGCACCUUGGGGGGUCAUCUUUGUUCCAGCAUCUUGAGAUUGAGUGUGGGGAGGUUGAUGGUGUUGUUCUAGGUUCUUGGACAAAAAUCAAUGAGAGUACAUCUGAGCAUGUGCUUGAUGAAACCGAUGUGAUUGCUGGUUACUGGGCUGCAGCAGCAGUGUGGUCAAAUGCUUGGGAUCAGAGAACAUUUGAUCAUAUAGUCUUGGAUCAGCCUUUAGUCAUGGGUGUUCAUGUUCCAUGGGAUUCCCAGCUAGAGUACUAUAUGUGUCACAAUGACUGGGAUGAAGUCCUUAAGCUGUUGGAUCUCAUUCCUGAGGAUUUAUUAUAUGAUGGAAGUUUACAAAUUGCUUUGGAUUGUCCGAAGCAGUCUCCUGGCGUAAAUUAUUCAAUUUCUUCCCGUAGCGAGUAUAUAUGUUCCAUCGAAGAAGUUGAUGCUGUACUUAUGGAUGUUCCUUAUAUCAAGAUAUUUAGGUUGCCUGCUGAUAUCCGGUGCUCCUUGUGGCUAACAACACUCAUGGAACAGGAACUUGCAAAAAAGUUUAUAUUUUUGAAAGAAUAUUGGGACAACGCUCUAGAUGUAGUCUACCUCCUGGCUCGGGCAGGUUUCAUCCUUGGUAAUAGCGAAGACUCAUUUAAGGAGGAAUCUUGUAAACCAUCCCUAGAUCUUUGUUUGUCCAUAAAGAAUGGAGGAGAAAAUGUUGAUACCCUGAAUGCUGUUCACAAGCUAUUCAUGCAUUAUUGCACACAAUAUAAUCUACCAAACCUUCUGGAUCUGUACCUUGAUCAUCACGAAUUGGUCCUAGAUAAUGAUUCACUCAGUUCAUUGCAGGAAGCUGUUGGUGAUUCUCAUUGGGCAAAAUGGUUGCUGCUCUCUAGGAUCAAGGGCCGCGAGUAUGAUGCUUCAUUUUCAAAUGCACGUGCAAUUAUGUCACGUAGUGGGACACCAAACAGUGAAUCCAGUGUUCCGGACAUUGAUGAAAUUGUUUGUACUGUUGAUGACAUUGCCGAAGGGGCAGGAGAAAUGGCAGCUUUAGCAACUAUGAUGUGUGCUCCGGUGCCAAUUCAAAAUUCCUUGAGUACUGGCAGUGUGAACAGGCACAGUAACACUUCUGCGCAGUGCACAUUGGAGAAUUUGAGAUCAUUUCUUCAGAGAUUCCCUACCUUAUGGAGUAAGCUUGUUAGUGCUUGUCUUGGAGAAGAUAUAUCUGGGAACCUUUUUCGGACCAAGACUAAGAAUGUCUUGUCAGAGUAUCUAAAUUGGCGUGACGGUGUAUUCUUCUCAACUGCACGUGAUACCUCACUCCUGCAGAUGUUGCCUUGUUGGUUUCCUAAGGCGGUUCGUAGAUUAGUUCAGCUUUAUAUCCAGGGACCUCUUGGAUGGCUGUCUUUCUCAGGAUAUCCUACAGGGGAAUAUCUACUGAAUAGAGGUGUUGAGUUCUUUAUAAAUGUCGACGAUCCGACUGAGAUAAGUGCCAUAUCUUGGGAAGCCAUCAUCCAGAAGCAUAUCGAAGAGGAGCUUCAUCACUCAAAAACUGAGGGAACCGAGCUUGGACUUGAGCACUUCCUGCAUCGUGGACGACCACUCGCAGCUUUUAAUGCUUUCCUGGAACAAAGAGUUGAAAAGCUAAAAUUGGGAGAUCAGUCUGGCACUUCGUUACAUGGACAAAGAAAUAUGCAGUCAGAUGUUCCUAUGCUACUUGCACCUCUGACUCAAAGUGAUGAGUCACUUCUUUCAUCUGUCAUACCACUUGCUAUUACACACUUUGAGGAUUCUGUGUUGGUGGCUUCGUGUACCUUCCUUCUUGAGCUUUGUGGUUUAUCUGCAAGCAUGCUUCGUAUAGACGUGGCAUCCUUGAGAAGGAUAUCAUCCUUUUAUAAGCCUAAUGAUAAUGUGGAUAUGGCGCAACAAAAAUCUCUUGAGGGCUCUAUGUUUCAUGCAGUAUCUAGUGAAGGUGAUCUAAUGGGGUCACUAGCUAGGGCUCUUGCUAACGAAUAUGCUUAUCCUGAUAUCUCAAGUGUCUCGAAGCAAAAACAUUAUCCAAACAGUAUUUCUGGCACGCAACCGGGUCUUCCACUAAUGCUUGUUCUUCAUCAUCUGGAACAAGCUAGUCUUCCAGAGGUUGGAGCAGAUAGAAAAACAAGUGGUUACUGGCUGUUAACAGGUGAUGGUGAUGGGUCUGAACUGCGGUCUCAACAGACACUUGCUAGCUUGCAUUGGAGUUUAGUUACCCUAUUUUGUCAGAUGCAUAAGAUUCCUCUGAGCACCAAAUAUCUUGCCAUGCUAGCAAGGGACAAUGAUUGGAUUGGAUUUUUAUCUGAAGCACAGCUAGGAGGAUACCCAUUUGAUACGGUGCUCAAUGUGGCAUCGAAGGAGUUUGGUGACCAACGCUUAAAAGCUCACAUACUGACUGUUUUGAGAUAUUCCAACUCAAAAAAGAAAGCUACCAUAUCGUACUCAGAUGACACAACCAGAGGUUUUACAUGUUCCUCCUCCGAGGAUGGAGCUUAUGUCUCUGCUGAACUCUUUCGAGUUUUGGCGUACUCUGAGAAGCUAAAGAAUCCUGGGGGAUACCUUUUAUCGAAAGCCAAGGAGUUAUCGUGGUCUAUAUUGGCUCUCAUAGCAUCAUGCUUUCCGGAUGUUGCUCCGUUAUCAUGCCUAACAAUUUGGUUGGAAAUUACCGCAGCCAGGGAAACAUCGUCUAUAAAGGUGAACGAUAUAACAACUAGAAUAGCAGAAAAUAUAGCAGCAGCCAUUGUAUCUACAAAUUCCUUGCCAACGGAUGCUAGAGGUGUCCAGUUUCAUUACAAUAGGAGGAACCCCAAACGGAGACGACUUGCUGCUCAUACCUCUGUGGAUUUAUUGACUUCAGCUAAUAGUUUAAACACCUCUGCUGGUAUACCAUUUUGUUCUCAUAGAACAGAUGCUGCAGAAGAUGCAAAAGCUGAAGAUCACAGUGUUACUGAUGAUUCGUCUGAUGAGCAUGCGUCUCUAUCAAAAAUGGUCGCUGUGCUUUGUGAACAACGCUUGUUUCUUCCUCUGCUAAAAGCUUUUGAAUUGUUCCUCCCCUCCUGCUCUCUACUGCCAUUUGUCCGUGCUCUUCAGGCAUUUUGUCAAAUGCGCCUGUCUGAAGCUUCUGCACAUCUGGGUUCUUUUUGGGCUAGAGUUAAAGAGGAAUCAAUGCAUUUUCAGUCAAAUACAUCUAAAGAUGUCAGUUUUGGGGCAUCUUGGAUCAGCAGAACAGCUGUAAGAGCUGCUGAUGCUGUUUUGUCAACUUGUCCAUCUCCAUAUGAGAAAAGAUGCUUACUGCAACUUCUUGCUGCAACUGAUUUUGGUGAUGGGGGAACUGCGGCGACAUAUUAUCGGCGUCUUUAUUGGAAAGUUAACUUGGCUGAGCCAUCACUCCGGGAGAAUGAUCUUGACAUAGGAAAUGAGGUUCUUACUAAUGGUUCUCUUCUGACAGCCUUAGAAAAGAACAGGCAGUGGGAGCAAGCACGAAACUGGGCUAAGCAACUUGAAACCAUUGGUACGAAUUGGACAUCCUCUGUUCAUCAUGUUACUGAAACACAGGCAGAAUCCAUGGUUGCAGAAUGGAAAGAAUUCCUUUGGGAUGUUCCAGAAGAGAGAAUCGCAUUGUGGGGUCACUGCCAAACUCUAUUCAUGAGAUACUCUUUCCCUGCUUUACAGGCAGGUUUAUUUUUCCUUAGGCAUGCAGAAGCGGUGGAGAAAGAUCUUCCUGCAAGAGAGAUCUAUGAGCUGUUACUGCUAUCCCUUCAGUGGUUGAGUGGGCUAACAACUCUGUCACACCCGGUUUAUCCUUUGAAUCUUCUGCGAGAAAUUGAGACUAGGGUGUGGCUCCUGGCUGUAGAAGCAGAAUCACAUGUGAAAAAUGUGGGAGCAUUUAGUCCCAGUAUUAUCGGAAAAGAUAUGCUGAAUGGAAAAAGUUCAAAUCUUAUAGACCGAACAGCAAGUAUCAUAACAAAAAUGGACAGCCAUAUUUCUUCAGCAACGAAAAAUAAAAUUGGAGAAAAACAUGACCCUAGGUCCCCUGGCCAAGGACAUCAAAGGAACCAAGACACAAACACUUUAAUAUUUGGUGCGAACACAAAGCCCAAGAGGAGAGCAAAAGGAAAUGUCCCACAAAUAAGACAUUUUGUGGAUUCUUCAGAUAGGAAUAGUGAAUUUGAUGAUUCCUUAUCUCUUCUAAACAUCAAAAGCGAGUUUCAGCUUCAAGAGGAAAGCACGGGAUUGGAAAUAUCCUUAUCAAAGUGGGAAGAAAGUAUAGAACCUGCGGAGUUGGAAAGAGCUGUUCUGUCUUUACUGGAGUUCGGACAAGUAACAGCUGCUAAGCAGCUCCAACUUAAGCUUGCUCCAGGGACUUUACCUUCUGAGAUAAUUAUUCUGGAUGCUGCUAUGAAGCUAGCAAUGCUUUCUACACCUUGCAGUAAAGUACCAUUGUCAAUGUUGGAUGGUGAAGUUCGUUCUGUUAUUCAAUCACACAGUCUAAAUUUAGACCACCCUAUGAUUGAACCGCUGCAGGUAUUGGAGAAAUUAUCAAACAUUUUAAAUGAAGGCAGUGGACGUGGGAUGGCAAGAAAAAUCAUAGCAGUUGUAAAAGCCGCUGACAUACUGGGCCUUACUUUCACUGAGGCAUAUCAAAAGCAGCCAAUUGAGUUGUUACGUUUACUUUCUCUUAAAGCACAAGAUUCUUUUGAGGAAGCAUGUCUCCUUGUCCAAACGCAUUCCAUGCCCGCGGCUAGUAUCGCUCAGAUACUUGCAGAAUCCUUCUUAAAGGGUUUAUUGGCAGCUCAUCGUGGAGGAUAUAUAGAUUCUCAAAAGGAGGAAGGGCCUGCUCCACUUUUGUGGAGAUUCUCAGACUUUCUGAAGUGGGCGGAGCUUUGUCCGUCUGAGCAAGAAAUUGGUCAUGCAUUAAUGCGUCUUGUGAUUACCGGGCAGGAAAUACCACACGCAUGUGAGGUUGAGCUUCUUAUUCUGUCUCAUCACUUCUACAAGUCAUCCACGUGCCUUGAUGGAGUUGAUGUUCUUGUGGCACUUGCGGCCACUAGGGUCGAAGCCUAUGUUGCUGAGGGAGAUUUCUCAUGCCUAGGUCGCCUAAUAACUGGAGUCGGAAACUUUCAUGCUCUUAAUUUCAUUCUCAAUAUUCUAAUCGAAAACGGGCAGCUUGAUCUUUUACUACAAAAAUUUUCUGCUGCUGCUGAUGCAAACACUGGCACUGCCCAGGCUGUCAGAAGUUUUCGGAUGGCUGUUCUGACCUCGUUGAAUUUCUUUAACCCAAAUGAUCAUGAUGCGUUUGCAAUGGUAUAUAAACACUUUGACAUGAAGCAUGAAACGGCUGCGUUGCUAGAGGCACGUGCAGAUCUGGCUGCACAGCAGUGGUUUUUACGGUACGACAAGGAUCAAAAUGAAGAUCUCCUUGAUUCAAUGCGCUAUUACAUUGAAGCUGCUGAAGUUCACACUUCUAUUGAUGCUGGAAACAAAGCACGAAAGGCUUGUGGUCAGGCUUCCCUUGUCUCCCUUCAAAUAAGGAUGCCAGAUUCCAAGUGGCUCUGUUUAUCUGAAACAAACGCCAGAAGAGCACUUGUUGAUCAAUCCCGUUUCCAGGAGGCUCUGAUUGUAGCAGAAGCUUAUGGUCUUAACCAGCCAAGUGAAUGGGCUCUUGUACUUUGGAACCUGAUGCUCAAACCCGAACUAGCGGAAGAUUUUGUGGCUGAAUUUGUUGCGGUGCUUCCCCUACAGGCUUCAAUGCUUCUGGAACUGGCUAGAUUCUACAGAGCGGAAAUGGCAGCUCGGGGAGACCAGUCUCAAUUCUCAGUCUGGCUCACAGGAGGAGGCUUACCAGCUGAGUGGGCCAAAUACAUGUGGAGAUCAUUCAGGUGCUUGUUGAAAAGAACACGGGAUUUGAGAUUACGUCUACAGCUUGCUACAACAGCAACAGGCUUCUCUGACAUGGUCGAUGUGUGUAUGAAUGCGUUGGAUAAGGUCCCAGAAAAUGCUGGACCACUUGUACUAAAGAAAGGACAUGGAGGAGGAUACUUACCACUGAUGUGAGUGAGUGAACUCAGAGAUCAUACCAAAGGAUGCAAUGCUAAGCAUCUUCUGGGGUAUUUGGAAAAACGGGUUUUUGACUGAUUUCUUUUUGGUGUUCUGAAAAAGACAUAAACUUGAAAGUCUGUUUUCUUCUUUUGUAGGGUUAGUAUCUGUGUGUAGUUAGUAUGUUCUGUUGAUGGCCUUCACACAAUUCUUCCAUUUUUGUUCCCUUUUUUUUUUUUGUCCUCUCCUUAUAUUUUAUUUUGCCCCGGCUAUCAAAUGGCCCUGUUGAGAGAUACACAAGAGAGGACAUAGAGAUUGCACAUUGCAGUGUACAGUGUAAUACCUGUCUUUUGUAUAAGUUAUAUUAUAGAAUUGCCCUGAUGAAUAAUUUUGAAUGAA